AUGGCCAACGUAGAUGUAGAAGGAUCUCUAUCCUUCUCUGCAGCGUCGGAUGAACUUCGCGCUGUGUUAGCAGAUUACAUGAAACGACGCAUAGAGGGCACUCUGACAGAAGAUUUUCGAAGCAGCGUGGAAGCGGAAGCGAUGGGGGAUGUGGCAGAUAAAAUCAAGGACAUGCAUGCCUACGCAUUUGGGAGAAUGCGCGACAGUAAACAACAGACCGCCGAAGCCAAAGCGGCCAUGGACGAAGCCCAACUCGGCCUGCAAAACGUCUUGUACGAGAAACGUCACAUUCUAGAAGAAAUUGUAAAGUGUCGAGACUUUCGAUCCGUGUAUCAGGAUAUAGAACUUGUUUCGUUGGACGAUUUUCGUGCACGAGCCCCUGCGGAAUAUCUUGAUCAGCAAGACAAUCCUCACGCAUUGAUGAUCAAUCGAUUGAAAUUCGAACAAGACGAACGAACAACAUUGAAAGAACAAGAAGAGAAACUGCAAGCGGAACGACAAUUGCUUAUCAAAGAAAAUCGCAAGGCGCAAGAAAAACUCGAUCGCUUUGACAAGUUAUUAGACGAUUUCGUACAGGCAUCCUUACCGGUGGAACGCGCCUUGGAAGAAGAAAAGAAGGCAUCAACUCAUAUGGAAGUGGUGGGCGACAAUGAAAAUACCGAGACCACAACAGCGCCUAAAGAGCCAACCACAGAAACCAUGGACGUCGAUACAGCAUGA